CAACUUGGAAACGUAUCGUGCAACUUGUUCUGGCAGACACGUGUUUGCAUCAUCCUCCCAUCGUUGCCAUGUAUUCACGCCCUGCGUAUUAGUGGCCAACGCCGCAGCUGAACAAUGACUCCAACAAUUCAUUGGUCGUCAGCGCAUUGUCUAACACCACGUCCUUCGUUUGCCCUUCACCGCCCCAGUCACAACGCAGACCACGCGCAAUCACCCAAACAAAGUCCUUGUCUCGCGCUCAGCAAAGCAACCCUCACACCUCUUAUCCACAGCCCAUAAUCACUGCAGUAUACCCACCAGCACUUCAGAAACAUUUCCAUAACCCAUACACACAUAAUCUCUCGCUAGAUAUUCAGGACAGAUGUAUUACGAUCCAAGCAUAGACCCCCUACAGGAGUACGAAUGGACCAAAACCCCCUACAAACUCACAGUUUUAGUCC